AUUGAUCAGGUAGUUAAUUAACCAACUACAGUUAAUUACUAUUACCACAAACUGAAUAAAAGUGGUUGAAAAAAUAAAAUCGUAUAUACGCAGAGGGAACAAGAGGCGGACAUGCGCGGCGGUCAUGCGGGCUGAACCGAAGAAACAGCGUUCCCCUCUGCAGCACUCAAAAGUGAUUCAAAUCCUCGAAAGAUGAGUACCAUCGACUUCGAUGACGUGCUCGUGCACGUGGGUGAGAAAGGACGGUACCAAAACAUCAUGUACUAUCUUCUCUGCAUACCAGCCACUCUGCCAGCCGCCUUCCUUGCCUUUUCGCAAGUGUUCGUGAGCGCAUCGCCGGAGCACUGGUGCCGCAUCCCGGAGCUGGAGAACUCGAAUUUGACCCUCGACCAAAGGAAGGCACUGUCGUUACCCUACACCCCAAAGUCAGACGGGCGGCGCUCGUACUCUCGGUGUUACAUGUACGACGUGAAUUACACCGCCAUUAUCGAGGCCUGGCUGCACCAGGAGGCAGCCGCGAACUCAUCGAGGACUUCGAACAACGGUUCACCCGGGCUUCCACCGGUGGGCAGCACCGAUUGGCCCAUCAGUAAAUGCCAACACGGAUGGAUAUACGACAGAAAGGACUACGACAGCACCUUAGUCACAGAGCUAGAUCUGGUAUGCGACAACGGCUGGUGGCCCUCAACGUCAACGACGUUUUUCUACGUUGGAAGCCUGUUUGGGAAUGUCGUUUUUGGAUGGAUCGCGGACAAGUGGGGUCGACGAACAGCCUUCUUUGCCAUACUUUUUCUCGAGGUGAUAAUAUCCAUCGCAACGAGCUUCAGCCCCAACUACGUCAUUUACACAGCCUUGAGGACCGUCAAUGGCCUCUUUUUUCCAGCUAUUUACCAAAUACCAUUUAUUCUAGCCCUUGAAUUAAUGGGACCUAGGUACAGAACCUUUGCUGGGAUGGUAAUCUGCAUGUUCUUUGCAACGGCGAUGUCUUUGCUGGCCUUGCUUGGUUACCUCUUGAGGCAUUGGUACGCCUUGUCUCUGGCCACUUCGGUCCCCUUCGUCCUUCUCUUCAGCUACUACUGGAUAAUCCCAGAGUCCCCACGCUGGUUGCUGAGCAAAAAUCGUAUCGAUGAGGCAGAGGUAAUAGUUCAACGGAUGGCCAAGGUCAACGGAAAGACGGUCCCGUCAAAUUUCCUGAGGAAGAUGGAGAUGGAUAUAUUGAAGAAGCAGGGCAUAUCCUGCAACGGAAGGAACUUCGCUGGUGCGGAAAACAGACCACCACCACCUUCCGCGACCCCGAUGGAUUUGAUCAGAAAUCCAAACAUAAGAAAAAAGUUCUUCAUCCUCGCUUUCGACUGGGUGGCGAACGCCGUCGUCUACAACGGCCUCUCGUACAACACUACCAACCUAGGGGUAUCCGACUACUUGGCCUUUUUUAUCGGAGGCAUUGUCGAGAUACCAUCAUACGUAAUUACCUGGUACGCAAUGGACAGGUUAGGCAGACGCUGGGUUCUCUGUCUGACGAUGCUACUCGGGGGUGUUGCAUGCGUGUCCUGCAUGUUCGUUCCGGAAGACGCAGUCUGGGUAACCGUGUCUUUGGCGAUGGUCGGAAAAUUUGGAAUAGCCGCGUCGUUUGCGGUCUUCUACGUAUUUGUGGGGGAGCUUUUACCCACGGUACUGAGGUCGCAGGCAAUGGGAAUCGCAUCGUUCAUCGCCGGGAUUGGCCUGCUUACUUUUCCGUACAUAGUACACUUGGCGGUCUACUCAAGAGUACUACCGCUGAUAGUGAUGGGCUCUUUGAGUGUCGCCGGAGCUCUGACCUCAGUUUUCCUCCCAGAGACCUUAAACAUUCAUUUACCGCAAACGAUCGAAGAGGGCGAGUUAUUUGGCGCAGAUUUCAAACUCUGGUCUUGCCCGACGAGUGCAUCAAAAAAACCCAAAAUCGACAAAAAGGCGGAAGUACCAGUGAGGUAUUUGGUGAACGGUCGACCGGGGAGUCAGACGGCAGGCGACGUUCAGGAUAUUCCCGAUGCUGCCAGGAUCACUCUACCGUUUCCCGAGGGCAAUCUGGAGAACGCAGAAUCUCCAGAAUCUGGAACAGACUUAACCUGGGGCGACGAGAAGGUCUGAGUACUAGGUUAUCGCGCAGAAUUCCUGCGCCAAGGACCCAGCAGCUUGCUCUUCGUGAUUUAACUCACCGUAAUGAAGAUCGUGGGCAAAAAAAUGACCCGGUUUCCCGACAGAUACCUUGUAACGACUUUGUAUUAUAUCGCUGUAGGCACACAUUGUAUUUAUUUUUCCAUUUAAUAUAUCGUCUUUCGUUUCUAAGAAACACUUCUGUCGUCU